AUGAAGAGAAGCACCUUCCUCAUCCUCUCCAUCACAGGGGUCUUUGGUGCCAUUCUCCACGCAGCAGCAUGGUCUGUGAAUAACUUUCUGAUGACAGGACCUAAGGCUUACCUGACGUACUCCAGCAGCGUGGCAGCCGGCGCGCACAGCGGGAUGGAGGAGUGCAAGUUCCAGUUUGGAUGGGAGCGCUGGAACUGCCCCGAGAGCGCCCUGCAGCUCUCCACACACAACCGGCUCCGCAGCGCUACCCGGGAAACAUCCUUCGUACACGCCAUCAGCUCGGCGGGUGUGAUGUACACCCUCACCAGGAACUGCAGCAUGGGGGACUUCGAGAGCUGCGGCUGCGACGACUCCAGGAACGGCCGCGUCGGUGGCCGAGGCUGGGUCUGGGGAGGAUGCAGCGACAACGUGGAGUUUGGGGAGAGGAUUUCCAAGCUCUUCGUGGAUGCUUUGGAAACAGGACACGAUACCCGGGCGCUGAUUAACCUGCACAACAAUGAAGUUGGAAGACUUGCCGUGAAAGCCACGAUGAAGCGAACCUGCAAGUGCCACGGCGUGUCGGGCAGCUGCAGCAUCCAGACCUGCUGGCUCCAGCUCGCCGAGUUCCGCGAGAUCGGGAACUACCUGAAGAUAAAAUACGACCAAGCCCACAAGCUGGAGAUGGACAAGAGGCGGAUGAGAGCCGGCAACAGCGCUGACAGCCGCGGGGCCACGGCAGAGACCUUCCACCACGUCCAUGCCACGGAGCUGGUCUUCCUGGAGGACUCUCCCGACUACUGCACCAGGAACGCCAGCCUGGGCCACCACGGCACCGAGGGCCGCGAGUGCCUGCAGACAGGCAAGAACCUCUCGCAAUGGGAGCGGAGGAGCUGCCGGCGGCUGUGCACUGAGUGCGGCCUGAGGGUCGAGGAGAGGAGGACCGAGGUGGUGGCCAGUUGCAACUGCAAGUUCCACUGGUGCUGCACGGUGCGGUGCGAGCAGUGCCGGCAGCUGGUGGCCAAGCACUUCUGCACCCGCCGCGACACCGCUGCGCCCAACCACGUCAAGCAGAGGAACAAGGGCCAUAAGAGAUAGAGGGGCAGCCACAGUACCCGAGGAGGACACGAUGGUGUCCCCAUGCUUGGCAGCCACCGGUGGAGCUGGGGUGGGAAGGAGCAUCCCCGGG